AUGCUCGAAACCCUCUUCGACACCUCCAGUUGUGUCGUCUCUUUACCCAUAAAAUCUGGAGACUACACCUACCUCCUGUGCACCCGGUCCUACACGCCCGAUCAGUGCCGCGGCACUAUCCUAGCCGCCCUCGCCGUGGCGACGUUCGGGCCCCACCGCGACACCAUAAGCAUCCUCGCAGCCCUUGCGAACAUGUGGGCUGGCUUCCGCUCCCGCCCGAGCCCCGAGGGCGCCGAGAUGCUGCAGCUGGUUUCCGAGGCCAUCGGCGCGGCGUACCAGAACCCUAGGUACAACAGGAGAUACAGCUGCGUGCUCGGCGCUGUAGGCGACCCCUUCGGACAGCUACUCGCGCGGGACAUCGCCUGCACAGCCGCUGCAGCGUCUCGGACCGAUCCCGACGGGCUCGAGCUCGAGGGCUUAGAAUAUGUCGCCAAGGUGCUUAGGCCGUCGCAGGACGGGCAUGUGCGUUUUAAUGCUGUCCGGGAACUGCGUAGGAAAGAUGCUGGUAUGCGGGAGAUGGAUCUAGUGUUGAUGCGCGAUGUUCUGGCUAAGACGGCGGAUACGGUGCGGAAGUUGAAGGUAAGGCUGUAUCAAUUGGCCUGGAAGACUCCAUUUUAUAUCAGCUCAGACAAAAUGCUGUGGGACCUGGCGGCGGAAGUCAAGGGCAUUGAUGAUAUGGCUCUGCUUGUGAAGCAGUUGGAUCUGGAGAGGUGA